AUGCCCCCUUCGCCCAUAAGGGAGAGAAAGGAAAUCAAAAUCAGAACGCCAGACAAUCCGGAAGAUAUACCUCGAAAACAGAAACUCUGUAAAGGAGGGAUCUCACACGAUCUUGUCCUCAAUCUAGCAAAUAUGGAUCAAAUUGAUAUCAUCACGAUCCAGGAGCCAUAUAUAUACAAAGAUACCUCAAGAAAAAUCACCAAAACUCACCCCUCCUACGAAAUCUUCACUCCAUUAGACGAUUGGAAGGAAAACCCUCGUGUCCUCACCUAUAUCAGAAAAGAAAUAGGAAUUCAGAUCAACCAGAUCAGACCGAUAAUCUCCAGAGAUCUAAUAUUUAUACAAUUAAUAUCUACAAAUAAUACAAUAUUUACCAUUAUAAAUAUUUACAACGCUCCAACACAAUGCACAGAUAGCAAUCAAGCUAUCAAGGCACUCUUUGAACUCCAAAACUUCCCAAACAACGCUAUCCUACUAGGCGACUUCAACCUCCACCACCCCAACUGGAAUCCCCUCCAUCCAUCCCCUUCAACGCUAGCCGAACCCUUUGUAGAAUGGUCAAACUCCCGGAAUCUACACCUCAUCUCCCCAAUCGGAACUCCUACUCACUCAAAGGGAAACGUCUUGGACCUCACCUUUCUCUCAGGGCCCUAUACAGCGUAUACUGCCCUCGCUAAACAACUAGAGUGCACCUCAGAUCACAGCACCCUAAAAACCUACCUUCACUGGAAUUACCGAAGCCAAAAGCCUGCAAAGAAACUCAAGCUAAAUACAUUGAAUGAAACACUCUUUAAAGACCUACUAGAAACUAAUCUCACCAAUAUUGCAGUUAUCCCCAGAACACCCUCUCUAAGAGACCUAGAUCAAGCCGCAUUAUCCCUUACACAAGCCCUUACAAAAGCCUAUAUAGGAUCUGCAAGAAGAUCCAUAAACAAGCUCCUUCAAUAA